AUGGGACCAACAAUAUUAUCAAAUCUAUAUUUAGCAUCGAUAUCUAUCGAUCGUACUUAUAUGAUACUAUAUCCAACACGUUUUCGUCUUGUAAUUACUCGACGUCAUGUUUUCAUUCGUCUAUUAUUAAUUUUUAUCAUAGUUAUAUUGAUUAUGAUUCCACAUCAUUUUUAUUAUUAUUUUAAUAAAAAAACAACAAUAUUUAUUUGUGAAUUUGAUACAGUUAUUAAACAUUGGAGAGUUCGAAUAUGGCCAUUUUUACAUGCUAUAUUAUUUGUUUCAUUACCAUCAAUAAUAACAUUUAUAUCAUCAGUUAUUUUAUUACAUAAUCGUUGUAAUCAAAGAAAAUUACAUAAUAAUAAUCAAUUAAGUAAAACUGCACGUCGUAUGAAAAGAAAUUCUAUAUUAAUAUUAUCGAUGUCAAUAUUUAUUUUAUUUUCUUUAUUACCAACGGUUAUAUUAGAAAUUUUUAUUGUACAUGAUCGUCUUUUUAAUGAUGAUAUAUUAUGUUCCAUAAGAUGGAAAACAUAUAAAAUUUUACUGAAUUGGUUUUUGAUACUUUCAGCUUUAAAUUAUUCAUCGAAAUUUUAUAUUCAUUUAAUUAUAUCAAAAACAUUUCGAAGAGAUUUUAUUAAAUUAAUUGAUUGUAUUCCUCUACGACAACAAAAGAAGAAUGAACAAAAUUCAGCUACACCACUUGAUAGUCAAAAUACACUUAAAACUACUGAAAUACAAUUAUAA